GUCGUUACUGUGAGCUCUGACUUGACCCGGAAGUGUUCCGGUCUGUGCAGCCGCGAGGAGCGGAGCGUGGCGGCGGGAUGAGGGUGAAGGUGCUGAGCCGGAACCCGGAUGAUUACAUCCGCGAGACCAAGCAGGAUCUCCAGCGCGUUCCAAGAAACUAUGAUCCUGCAUUGCAUCCAUUUGAGGUUCCACGAGAGUAUAUGCGAGCCCUGAAUGCAACAAAAUUAGAACGUGUGUUUGCAAAACCUUUUCUUGCUUCACUGGAUGGUCACAGGGAUGGAGUUAAUUGUAUGGCUAAGCAUCCACAUAGUUUGUCUACAAUACUUUCUGGGGCCUGUGAUGGAGAGGUUAAAAUUUGGAACUUGACCAAGCGAGAAUGCAUCCGUACUUUACAAGCGCAUGAGGGCUUUGUACGAGGGAUAUGUGCCCGCUUUUGUGGUACUUCUUUCUUCACCGUUGGUGAUGAUAAAACUGUGAAGCACUGGAAAAUGGAUGGCCCAGGAUAUGGGGGAGAAGAAGAAGAACCACUGCAUACAAUUCUUGGAAAGACAGUGUACACAGGAAUUGAUCACCACUGGAAGGAAGCUGUAUUUGCAACUUGUGGGCAUCAAGUAGACAUCUGGGAUGAACAAAGGACCAGUCCCAUAUGCUCUUUGACAUGGGGUGUUGAUAGCAUCAGCAGUGUUAAAUUUAAUCCAAUUGAGAUGUAUCUUUUGGGAAGCUGUGCUUCAGACAGAAAUAUUGUGCUGUAUGACAUGAGGCAAUCAACUCCAUUAAAGAAGGUUAUCUUGGACAUGAGGACAAAUACGCUCUGUUGGAACCCCAUGGAAGCUUUUAUUUUCACUUCAGCAAAUGAGGACCACAACUUAUAUACAUUUGAUAUGCGUUUUCUUGAGUCACCUGUAAUGGUUCACAUUGAUCAUGUGUCUGCAGUUCUUGAUGUGGAUUACUCCCCCACUGGGAAAGAAUUUGUGUCUGCCAGCUUUGAUAAAUCUAUUCGCAUUUUUCCUGUAGACAAAGGUCACAGCAGAGAGGUAUAUCAUACAAAGCGAAUGCAGCAUGUCAUCACUGUCAAGUGGACCUCUGACAACAAGUACAUUCUGUGUGGCUCAGAUGAGAUGAACAUUCGUCUGUGGAAAGCUAAUGCUUCUGAAAAACUGGGCGUGCUCGUACCACGAGAGAGAGCAGCUAUGAAUUACAACCAAAAGUUGAAGGAGAAGUUCCAACACCACCCACAGAUCAAGCGCAUAGCUCGUCACCGUCACCUGCCCAAAGCCAUCUAUAGCCAGGCCAAGGAGCUGCGCAUCAUGCGAGAAGCUCGUCGGCGAAAGGAACUGAAUCGCCGUAAACACAGCAAACCAGGAUCCUCGCCCUUUGUGCCAGAAAAGAAGAAGCACAUUGUGGCUGUAGUGAAAUAAUUUUUGCUGGCUUACAGCAUUGUGUGUAAUUUUUUAUUUAAAUAAUUAGCUACACUGUACAAAAGUUUGAGGAUCUGCUGCAGACCCUGCCACAAGUGGUGCGGCUCACUUUUCUUCUUUGUAUAUUCCCCCCUUCAUUUCUCAGGUCAUCAUCCAGUUUGGGAGGUGAGAAGAAUUGGCCCCUUUAAAGUCCUGUAAUCAAACUUGCAGAGAGUGUAAAGUGAUCCACCCCUGUAUAUCCCAGUGGAACUUCAUUUUUAGUACAAGGAGAGAAUUUGACUGUGGUGGUGGUGGUACCUCAGUGGAUCAGCCCUCUCCCUUGCCACCUUCCCUAUCAGAAAAAGGGUGAACGUGCUUCAGCAUUGCUUGUGGCAAAUAGACUUUCCCUAGAGUUAAAAAUUACAAACUACAUUGUUUUUUAAAAUGGCAAUUAUGAAAGAGGAAAAACAUUUUUGGUAGAAGUGAAGAAAACGAAUAUUGCAUACAGUGAGGUAACCCAGGAUUAUGCUCAAUAACUAUACAUUGCACUAUACUUGUUACCAUGAAACAUACUCUUGUUUCUCUUUGAUUAGAAGGGCUUCAACAGGACUCUCUGACCAGUGUAAAUAACAGGAUUUUAUUGGUUUUUUUCCCAGUGUACCCAGUCAACACCUUCAAGGGCUGUUGUAUCCUGAUAAUAUUAAUAGAGUUGUUGAAUAAAUGUCUUUACUUCUCAACUUAAUUAAAACCUCUUAAAAUUA